AUGCAGAAACGCGCGCGGGCCGUCGAAUCGCAGAAGCUACGCCGCACAAUGAAGGGCCGUGGUGGCCGCAUGACAGAUCCAAUCAGAGACAGCGAAUCUGUGCUGUCUUGCCCAUGGGAAAGGAUAAUACCGCAGUCCCUCUUGGAACUCACACCAGGGUUGUGUCGAUGCAAGCCCACAACAUCGAGUGUGAAUCUCGAGAGGAGGACUGAUAGUCGACCCUAUCAACGGCAUAGAAUUGUGGCGCAGAAAAGCAUCGCCACACCAAUCAUCUAUGUCCGCCUAAUGCUACUAUGGAUCGGUGUUAUAUCGCUCGAUAUGCUGUGCGGAUUUCGCUUCGAGCUACUCUAUCCAUUUUGGCUCAUUCUACGCACCGGCUAUGAAGCCGUUCACAAAAAUCACAACGCUGUCGUCACGUUGGCGAAUCAUAACACAGCG